GUGAGCAACGUCCGCUUUCCUUCCACAGACAUGGCGGCUUUUGGGCGGUCUCUGUUCGGUCUCAGAAACACCCUAAGGGUCGGGGUAACCCGGGGCUUGUUGAACCCCCAGAUCAAACCUGGGAGGCAGCUGGAUUCGGCCCGAAACAUGCUGGUGACAAAAUCGGGAGCCAUUUUACCCAAACCUGAAAAGAUUUCCUUUGGUCUUUUGAAAGUCUUCAUUGUGGUUAUUCCUUUUCUAUACAUGGGCACGUUGAUCAGCAAGAACUUUGCCUCGCUGCUGGAGGAACAUGAUAUCUUUGUCCCAGCUGAUGACGACGAUGAUGAUUGACUCAGGGUUUCAGUUCUGUGCACAAGCUGGUCUCGUUUGAUUGAAAUCCAUGGGAGCCAUUAGCUGUACAUAUUGUUCCUGUAACUAAAUCGAUCGCCCAAAUCUCUCGGACUGAAGAGACAACUUCGCUGAAGAGAGGAGCAAUCAAACAUGACCAUAUUUUGCAUGUGUUGCACAUAGUAUGUGUGUGGGGUGGGGUUUGGAUCAAGUGGGUAUAGGGGAGACAAUUAACACUCAUUAGAAUUCGGAUCACUCUCAGAAAACUUAGUUAGAUUAACACUUAUUUAGACAAGGACUUCUUAUGUUUGAAUUGUAUUUCUACUUCCAACAGUACAAAACCCAGGCUGGACUUCAGCAUAUGUAAAUGUCCUGUUGCACUAAAACUGUUGGUUUUGCUUCAGAACUAGAAUUGGAUGGUGUUGGUGCUCUGUGGAUGCCUUUGAAUUAUAGUUUCACCAUAAAUAGGAAGGCAUGCUAAAUGCCUGCUAUAUGUUGGUUGAAGUAACCCAACAGUUGUCAGCAGUGGGUCAGGGAUUAAACACAUCUUACUGGUUGUUCAAACUUAUAAUUUGCAGUUUGGAAUCAGCAACAGGGCCAUUGGUGGUUUGGAACAGAGGGCUUGAACUCUAUAUUGGUUAAGGGAUGUAUAAUUUCCACAACUAAUCAAACAAGAAAAGGUACUUCCUUGAAACAAGUAACUGAAAUUUAGAAACAUAGAGCAGAGUGAAACAUGAUCAGUAGUGAAUUAUUUGGCCCAGAACUAAGAUCAUUGCGACCAGUAACACAGAGAAAUUAAUGUAAAGGAAAAUGGAACGAGAUUCAGGCUGGUUGUGUGCAUCUGGACUUUCGCAUUGGUUGGGAAUGUGUGAUAUGCUGCCGGUGGGUGUGCACAUCUGGUGUGUAACUGGCUGCCUGCUGUUUGCUUUAUUUUGUGCAUGAUGUGUGGGAUUAAAUGCUUCAGCCACAUUACCUCUGGUUUAAAGAUUUGCCGGUGUCUUUGAUGGAAUGUGUUUCUGUCACCCACAGCAAUAAAACUGGUUAAAUCUGACCAAACAACUUGUGUUUUUCU